AAUCAUUUCUUCUCUUUGUUAUCUUUUUAAUUAAAACUUCCAUUUUUUGUUCUCUUGUUUAUCUCUCUCACGCGUCUCUUCUACACCGGAAGAAGAGGAGGAAGAGAAAAUGUCGUCUGGGUAUCCCGGUGGUGUGCCGGAUAUGUACGGCGGUCUGGCGGGCAGAUCCGUGAACGGGAACGCGUCACAGCCGUCUUAUCGAUCACAAUUGCAAGGAAUUUACAUGGACCCAGCCGCUCAGAUCGCCAACAGAACGGCACAAAACCUCAUCGGAAAGAGAACCUUCACAGACUUUCAAACGCAGCAACAACUACAACACCAAACCCUUCUCAAUAAUUCAAGCCUAAACCCCUUGUUUCAUCGCUCUGUCAAGCCGAGAACGUUCCAGAAUCUCUCCCCGAUAUCUCCCUUAUCUCCUGUGGAUUUUUCGGUUAACAAUAUUCUGUCUUCAGAUUUGCACCGGUACAGCUUGCCGCUUCUUCAACAGCAAUUAAGGCCUCAUCAGCAGCUGCAGCAACCGCCAGUUGGGCUUGUUUCGGGGUUUAAUGUGCAACAAAUUACCCCAAAUUUGCCGUACGUGAAUGAUAAGAAUCACAAUACCGUGCAAAAUCGAGUUCAAGCGCAAGAUUCGGAGAAAAAGAUGCUUAAUUGUCUUCAAGAGCUUGAGAAGCAGCUGUUGGAUGACAACGAUGAAGAAGAAGGUGAUGCGGUUUCAGUGAUAACGAAUACUAACAGUGAGUGGUCCGAGACCAUACAGAAUCUCCUGAGUCCGAAAUCCAUUUCUCCGAUAUCGCCGAUAUCUUCUGCUUCGCCGACUUCAUCGUCUUCCUCGUCUUCAUCGGUGGCUUCUCCGGUUUCAAGUUGUUCGAGACAGACUGUAAUGGAAGCUGCAUCAGCGAUUUCAGAUGGGAAAAACGACGUCGCUGUGGAGAUCUUAACUCGCUUGAGUCAGGCUUCCAAUUUGAAAGGCAAUUCGGAGCAGAGACUGAUGGAGUACAUGUGCUCAGCAUUGAAAUCGCGAGUUAAUCCUGUGGAGAACGCACCGCCGGUGACGGAGAUGUUUUCUAUGGAACACGUUGGGUCGAUUCAGUUGCUUUACGAUCAUUCCCCUUGUUUCAAGCUUGGGUUUAUGGCUGCAAAUCUCGCCAUUAUCGAAGCAACUCUAGACCAACCAACCAGCAACAAAUUUCACGUUAUUGAUUUCGAUAUUGGCCAAGGAGGGCAAUAUCAAAACCUUCUGCAUGUGCUCUCUGCGCGUUCUCAAAAUGGUAAAGCUUACAUUUUGAAGAUCACGGCUGUGGUUGAAAAUGGCCGUGAAGAAAGUUUGAAUGUUGUGGGUAACAUGCUGCAGCAGUCCGCUCAAAAAGUUGGUGUCUGUUUACAUUUCAAGGUCAAGGCUUUAAAACUUGGUGAUCUGACUCGUGACUCACUGGGUUGUGAGCCUGACGAACCAUUGGCUGUUAAUUUCGCAUUCAAAAUGUUUAGAAUGCCUGACGAAAGCGUCUCGACGGACAAUCCUCGCGACGACCUCCUCCGUCGCGUGAAGGGAUUGGCACCGCGUGUGGUUACUUUAGUGGAACAAGAGAUGAACUCCAAUACGGCGCCGUUCUUGACCCGUGUAAACGAGGCCUGUGCUUAUUACGGAGCAUUGUUUGACUCAAUCGACUCGACUGUACAGAGAGAUAGCUUGGAGCGAGUUAAGGUCGAGAGAGGACUCGGUCGGAAACUCGGUAACUCGGUUGCUUGUGAAGGGAGGGACCGAGUUGAGAGAUGCGAGGUGUUUGGAAAGUGGCGGGCCCGUAUGAACAUGGCAGGGUUCGAGUUGAGGCCAAUGAGUCCAAACAUUGCCGAGUCAAUGCGGGGCCGGCUCAAUUCUGGGAACCGAGUCAACCCGGGAUUUACCGUUAAAGAAGAAAACGGAGGCGUCUGUUUCGGUUGGAUGGGUCGAACUCUCACCGUCGCAUCUGCUUGGCGUUAACUUCACUCACUGUGUCUCUCUUUCCUUUUUUUUAAUUUCUAAUUUAAUAUUAUUAAUUGUUAUAUUUUUAACGUUUUCCUGAGAAAAUGGAAAGGGGAAAAGAAUGGAAAAGGCCCACCAAACGAAAUAAUAAAAUGAGUGUUUGGAUUUGAGGAAAAUGUUACAUAUAAUUGAGUAUUGUCACGUGUGUAUGUUUUUGCACGUGCGAAAUGUUAUGUGUAUCAAGUGUUUGGUGUGAUUGGAAUUAUGAACUAACUUAAGAGAAUGUCAAAAUUAUUUCAAUUUA